CUUAUCGUGGCUACAAAAACGCAGCUGCACGGCAGCUACGGGUUCAGUUGGUGUCCGGACUUUAAGAUGAUCACGGAAAUUCUCCUGGCGAUCUGCUCCGCAGUGUUACUUUGCCUUUCGUAUCGAUAUGCAGUGUUUAGACCCUCCGGUUUUCCUCCUGGACCUCCAAGGAUUCCGAUGUUCGGGAGCUAUCUUUUCAUGCUAAUGAUAAACUUUAAGUAUCUCCAUAAGGCUGCUUUGACCUUAAGUCGUUGGUAUAAAUCGGAUAUCAUAGGACUCCAUGUGGGUCCUUUUCCGGUGGCUGUUGUCCAUAGCUCAGAAGGAGUACGUGAGAUUCUUAACAAUAGGGUAUUCGAUGGACGUCCUAAGCUCUUCGUAGCCGCUAUGCGAGAUCCCGGCCAAGAUGUCCGAGGUAUUUUCUUUCAGGAUGGACCCUUAUGGAAGGAGCAGCGUCGCUUCAUCUUGCGCUAUUUGCGAGACUUUGGCUUUGGGCGACGAUUUGAUCAACUGGAGUUGGUCAUUCAGGAGCAGCUGACGGACAUGCUCGAUCUGAUCCGGAAUGGACCAAAGUAUCGACAUGAGCAUGAAAUGGUGAAGCCAGGGGGAUAUCGUGUACUCCUGCCGCUGCUCUUUAACCCCUUCUCGGCCAACUGUCACUUUCACAUUGUCUACAAUGAGUGCCAGAGUAGGGAAGAAAUGGGUAGAAUGGUAAAACUCUGCCAGAUGGGAAUGCAGUUCCAAAGGAAUGCUGAUGAUUACGGAAGGAUGUUGAGCAUCAUGCCAUGGAUACGUUACUUUUGGCCAGAGUGGAGUGGCUACAAUAAGCUGAAUGAAGCCAAUCUCUUUGUACGCCACUUCUUUGCCGACUUUGUGGAUAAGUAUUUGGAUAGUUUUGAAGAGGGUAUGGAGCGCAAUUUCAUGGAUGUCUAUAUAACCGAGAUGCGCCGAUGUCCUGGUUAUGGUUUCAAUCGGGAUCAGUUAAUCAUGGGCCUGGUGGACUUCUCCUUUCCAGCUUUCACUGCCAUUGGAGUGCAAUUAGCGCUACUCGUCCAGUAUCUCAUGUUGUAUCCAAAAGUUCUGCGACGAAUGCAGAACGAAAUCGAUGAGGUAGUGGGAUGCGGAAGGCUCCCCACUCUGGAGGACAGAAAGAACUUGCCCUUCACGGAGGCCACUGUUCGAGAGGGUCUACGCAUUGAAACCUUGGUUCCCUCGGAUGUGCCGCACAAGGCACUGGAGGACACCGAGUUGCUGGGCUACCGGAUACCCAAAGGUUAGUUUUCUUUUAUAUCUAGUAUUAUUAAUUUAUAAUACUAUUACUAUUCCCGAUAGGACACCAUUGUCGUGCCCAGCUUAUAUGCCUUCCACUCGGAUUCCCGUGUCUGGUCGGAUCCGGAACAAUUUCGACCGGACAGGUUUCUUGACUCAGAGGGCAAGCUCAGCCUUAAGCUGGAUGUCUCUUUGCCCUUCGGAGCAGGAAAAAGACUCUGUGCUGGAGAGACCUUUGCCCGCAACAUGCUCUUCUUGAUGACGGCGACCAUGUGCCAGCACUUUGACUUUGUCCUAGGUCCAAAUGAUCAGUUGCCAGAUCUCUCUCAAAACCUCAAUGGGCUGAUAAUCUCGCCGCCUGAUUUCUGGGUGCAACUGCAGGAUCGGCACUAAUGACUUCAAGUACCAAUGAGAAAAUAUUCAGUUAACUAAUUUUAAGGCAUAUUCUUAAUAUGAAUCUAUUAUUUUGGGAU